AUGAUUUUUGUACCUUUUACAGCCAUAGACAACCACAAGAAGUCAGUUUCUAUUGGAGCAGGAAUGAUAAUCAACGAGACAGCAGAAUCUUAUGAAUGGUUACUGAAUGCAUUCUUAGGAGCAUUUGUUGAACAACCUAGGAUGGUUAUGACAGAUCAAGAUGUAGCAAUGAAAAAAGCAGUUGCAACAGUUUUCCCAAAUUCACGACAUAGGCUUUGCAUGUGGCAUAUAACUCAAAAGCUGUCAUCAAAAGUUAGCAAGAGGAUUUUUGAAAACACAGACUUCAAAAAGAAAUUCAACCAAAUUGUUUGGGAUGUAUCAAUAAGUCCAGAAAGGUUUGAGAGGAAAUGGAAAGAUAUAAUGAAAGAGUUCAACUUGGAAGACGAUGCAUGGUUUAAGCACAUGUUUGAGAUUAGAAGCACAUGGAUACCAGCAUACUUUAGAGAAUUAGCGAUGUCAGGUCUAAUGAGAACAACUUCUCGUUCUGAAAGUGAAAACUCUUUUUUCAACAAUUUCACAAACCCUAAUGCAACGUUGAUACAUUUUAUGUUGUCGUAUGAAUCUGCCAUGGAGAGGCAAGGGAGUAGAUUGGAUAUUUUAGAUCAUCAAUCACACAACAAGCAACCACGAUUUAUAACUGGACUGGAAUUUGAAAGGCAGGCUUCAAAGUUGUACACACGUACAAUCUUUCUGUUGAUAAGUGUUACUGAUGAGGGAAGUAAUGGAGUCAUUAUUAUUAAGGAGAAAAGGGAGAUAAAGCAGAUAUUAGAGAAGAAAGUUGCUAUGAAAAAGAAAAGAAAACAAGAUGACGAUGAAGAGGUUGUUGAAGAUAUAAUAACUAUGCAUGAAGAAGACCCUGAAGAUGGAAUUCAUGACUCAACAACUGCUUGCACAUCUGGAAAUAAACAUGUGAAAAGGAUAUACACAUUUAAGGUUUUAAUCAACAAAGAUGAAGAUACUGUUCAAUGCAGCUGCUUAACUUUUGAACGUUACGGAUUCUUAUGUCGGCACAUAUUUUUUAUGUUUAAAGCUAAAGACAUUGAAGAAAUUCCUGAAAAAUAUAUCCUUAGAAGGUGGAGAAAGGAUUUAGUACCACCAGGAAUGCGUACAAGAAGAACAAGGUAUGGUGAGUCGAGUGAACAAAGUGAGAAACUUACUAAUGAGUUGCAUUUCAUUGUAGAGAAUUGUAUUAGCAUGUUAUCAAAAGAUGAAGCAAAACUUUAUGCUCUUGUUGAUAAAGUUAAGGAACUGAAAAAUGAGAUUGAAGAUAAUGUUUCAAGGUCGAGAACAAAGAAAACAAAGGAAGUUAUUUUGGAUUUCCUAGGUGUUGAACAACCAUAA